AUGGAAGAAAGGACUGCAUUCUUCUAUGGGACUCUCAUGGUCCCCCAAGUUCUCCAUCGUGUCUUGUACGGCUCCACGCAGCCACAUCAAUCACAAAUCCAAGCUUUGAAAAUCCAACCCGCAAUGCUUUUCAAGUAUGUUCGCCAUCGCGUCGUCGAUGCCGACUAUCCUGCUAUCAUAGCGUCUUCAGAAGUAUCAACAUCUGUUCGUGGAACAUAUGUGCAGGGUCUGACCGCGGCUGAUAUCUGGCGCUUGGACAUUUUCGAAGGCGACGAGUAUGAACGCGUCAAGGUUUGCCCUCGGAUACUGGACGCCAAUGGUGAGCAAGGUGAUACAGUGAGUGCAGAAACUUACGUUUGGAUCGAUUCAAGGGAGGACUUGGAGCAGGAAGAAUGGGACUUUGAAGAAUUCAAGAGGGAGAAGCUCCAUCGUUGGGUGGGCGUUGGCGAAUGGUAUGAGGAGGUAGACGAGGCUGUCGAGAAGCUAGAAGAUCAAAGGAAUCCGACAGGUGGACGGUUUGUUGACGGCAAGAUGACUGCAGAGUAUGGUGGAGGUGGAGAGAUGCCGGGCAGCUAG